GCAGCGCGGCUGAGGCCCCCACGGCAGCCAGCGGCCCGGGAGGAAGGAGACGGAGCUGACCUCUGCCCGCCCGAGACGCGGCUGCUCCCGCGCGCCCGGGGUCGCCGCCGCUCCCGGGCUGAGCGAGGAAUGAGCAGGCGCCUGCCCCGGGCUCUCGGACCGAGGGGCUGCGGCUCAGCUUUUCUCCACGCCCCGGGGCCCCGGGGGCUCGGUCUCCGCGGCCGGGCGCGGUGGGGUCAGCGGCGGCCUCACUCGGGGAGCCGGCACCGGGGUUAACUUAACCCGCCGCCGAGAGGAGGAGGAGGAGGAGGAGCCGGGCGGGGGCGGCCGCGGCGCCUCCCCUCCCCCUGCACACGCCGGGGCCUCUUAGUGGCCGCCGAGGAGGAAGUUCCGCUCCUGACAGACCCGAGUGGUGGCAACAGCGGCCGAGGUGGCCGCUGCUGGGAGGGCUCAGGUAUUUUGGACGCGGAUGCCCUUCGAGCCAGCCGUCGAGUGGGCAUCGUCGGAGCUCUUGCGGGUUCCCUGAGUCCGGGGCCAGUGUCAGGAGGCGCGGGCGUCCGAGCUCUCCUUCCUGCUUUUCGCCCUGCGCGGCUGCUUCGGCUUCCUGGCCAGGCGGGAGACCCUCCUCCGGGUUGGCUGACUUCCGAGGAGCCUCUUAUUUUCCGACCACCAAGGUUAAGGGAUUCUGCCAUCGAAGCCCCGGAGGAGCUCGAGUGAACCUUCUCCAACUCCUCGGAUCACGUCGGGCUCCGUUUUGGGGCGGGAGACCACAGUGGAGCAUCUCCCGGAGGUGCAGGAAUGGAAGAACCUACCUUGCAUCCUCUCUGCGGUGUUGCUUGCCUGAUCUACCCUUAGGAAUGAAGAGGAGACUUGGGAUCACCCGGUGAGGUACUGAAAGCCGGAUGGCAAAGGAGAUUUCAUAGGACAUAAACUAGUGAUCGUUCGGGGGCCACACGCAUUUCUGAAUGUAAUUGGACGAGCGUGAAAGAGGUGCCCUAUUCAAAAGCACAGGAGUCCUUUAGAAGGAGAAAAAUUGAGUCUCCCUUGUUUUGCCAAGAUCCUGAAGACUGUUGCAUGUAUCGUACCUUCGCUGGAAGAUGAGAACUUUAUAAAAUACUCUGCCCAAGAGCAUAAACGAUGACUACCCCAGCCCUGCUGCCCCUCUCUGGACGAAGGAUACCACCUCUAAAUCUGGGGCCGCCUUCCUUCCCGCAUCACAGGGCCACCUUGAGACUUUCUGAGAAGUUUAUCCUCCUCCUUAUUCUAAGUGCCUUCAUCACCCUGUGUUUUGGGGCAUUCUUCUUCCUUCCAGACUCUUCAAAACACAAACGCUUUGAUUUGGGUUUGGAAGAUGUGUUAAUUCCUCAUGUAGAUGCCGGCAAAGGGGCUAAAAACCCUGGAGUCUUCUUGAUUCAUGGACCAGAUGAACAUAGACACAGGGAAGAAGAAGAACGUUUGAGAAAUAAAAUUCGAGCUGAUCAUGAGAAGGCCCUGGAAGAAGCAAAAGAAAAAUUAAAAAAGUCAAGAGAGGAAAUCCGAGCAGAAAUUCAGACAGAGAAAAAUAAGGUAGUCCAAGAAAUGAAGACAAAAGAGAAAAAGCCACUGCCACCAGUUCCUAUACCAAACCUUAUAGGAACACAUGGUGGAGACCCAGGAGACAAUGACCUAAGAGAGAAAAGGGAAAAAAUUAAAGAGAUGAUGAAACAUGCCUGGGAUAAUUACAGGACAUACGGAUGGGGACAUAAUGAACUCAGACCUAUUGCAAGGAAAGGACACUCCACUAACAUAUUUGGAAGUUCACAGAUGGGUGCUACCAUAGUAGAUGCUUUGGAUACCCUUUAUAUCAUGGGACUUCAUGAUGAAUUCCGAGAUGGGCAAAAAUGGAUUGAAAACAACCUUGAUUUCAGUGUGAAUUCAGAGGUGUCUGUGUUUGAAGUCAACAUUCGAUUUAUUGGUGGCCUUCUUGCAGCAUAUUACCUUUCAGGAGAGGAGAUAUUCAAGAUUAAAGCAGUCCAGUUGGCUGAGAAGCUCCUUCCUGCCUUUAACACACCUACGGGGAUUCCCUGGGCAAUGGUGAAUCUGAAAAGUGGAGUAGGACGAAACUGGGGCUGGGCAUCUGCAGGUAGCAGCAUUCUUGCUGAAUUUGGUACCCUACAUAUGGAGUUCGUCCACCUCAGCUACUUGACAGGAGACCCGGUUUACUACAAAAAGGUUAUGCAUAUUCGGAAACUACUUCAGAGAAUGGACCGUCCAAAUGGUCUUUAUCCAAAUUAUUUGAACCCAAGAACAGGUCGCUGGGGACAGUAUCAUACAUCAGUUGGUGGGCUGGGAGACAGUUUUUAUGAAUACUUACUAAAAGCAUGGUUGAUGUCAGAUAAAACAGACCACGAGGCCAGAAAAAUGUAUGAUGAUGCUAUUGAGGCUAUAGAAAAACAUCUUAUUAGGAAGUCUCGUGGAGGUCUUACCUUUAUUGGAGAAUGGAAGAAUGGGCACCUGGAAAAGAAGAUGGGGCAUUUGGCCUGCUUUGCUGGGGGAAUGUUUGUACUGGGAGCCGACGGUUCCAGAAUGGAUAAAGCUGGACACUAUUUAGAGCUAGGGGCAGAAAUUGCACGCACAUGUCAUGAGUCAUAUGACAGAACUGCAUUAAAGCUAGGUCCUGAAUCAUUCAAGUUUGAUGGUGCAGUAGAGGCUGUGGCAGUCCGGCAAGCUGAAAAGUAUUACAUCCUCCGUCCAGAAGUAAUUGAAACCUAUUGGUACCUAUGGCGAUUCACUCACGAUCCAAGAUAUAGGGAGUGGGGCUGGGAAGCAGCACUGGCUAUUGAAAAGUAUUGCCGAGUCAGCAGUGGAUUUUCUGGGGUGAAGGAUGUAUAUUCCUCUACUCCUACACAUGAUGAUGUACAGCAGAGCUUCUUUCUUGCAGAAACAUUAAAGUAUUUGUAUCUGCUGUUCUCCAGUGAUGACCUUUUACCUUUAGACCACUGGGUAUUUAAUACAGAGGCUCACCCUCUACCCGUGUUACAUUUAGCCAACACCACGCUUUCAAGAAAUCCUGCUGUUCGAUGAAAGCAGCUCCAGAAAGACCAUUCUCACCUGUGUUUUGUUUACAUGGACCACUGCAGAGAUUCGUCUGGAGAGGGGCCUUUUGAAAACCUGGACCUCUUAAGUCAAUAUGGCAAGGUGAAACAUGACUAUUCCCUGCAAGACUUUUCAACUUGUAGAUAUCUCAACUUUGAAAUGAUUCCAUUUUAUACCUGACCAAAACAUAUCCUGGUGUGUAUGGGACAGAGACCUGAUGUGCUUGGAUUCCUAACAAGAUGGUCACAUGAGAAAUUAUGCCUGCUACUACUGUAUUGCUUUCAGCAUCCUGGAAUCCGGAGGCUAGACUUCCUGAGAAUAAGCCGAGAAUGUGGAGCACUUCGCAGGAAUUAGAGAUGGCCUUUGGAACCAGUUAUGUAUUUGUUUCCUCCCAAAGUGGAGCAGCUCUCAAGUCAAAAUAUUUAUGCAUUGUUUAUCCCUUUUUGCUCCAUUUUUAAUAAUGGAAUGUAUAAACAGUAACAAAAGAACAGUGUAACUACAUCGGCAGCAAGAAGACUUGAAAAAGAACCAGAGUACCUAUCCCUGUCUGAAUUUUCAAGUUCCCCAUUAGAUGACUGGACUGGCAACCAUUUCAAAUCUCAGUCUAUUUCCAUUGAAAUUUUGUGGUUAAAUUUGUUUUCUCUGGGGGCAUGAUCUCACAAAGAAUACUCCUCAAGUCUUUGUCUCCACAUGGAAUCGUUGAAACUGCUAUUUAUCAUAACCACUACUUAAGAGCCUGGGUUUGGGAUUUUGUGCAUGUUGUUCAGUCUCGUGUUGGUAGCAUGACAAAAAGUGGGGAAAAUGCCACAGUUCGUUGCCUUGAAACCUGUUCUAAGAGAAAGCCUUGGUUUUGUUGGUAGGAGAUUAUUUUUCCAAACCAGCAAAUCUACCAAGUACCUUUUAUCCACAUUAACCUCAUUCUAAACUCAGUAGAAUCCCUCGAUUGACAGCUCUCUUUCUGUAGCUCGGCACAAUUCACUGUACUGUUGUGCAGCUCUGAAUUCACCUUAAUAAGCCACCUUACAUCUACAGUGUAUUACAUCGAAAGCAAAAAUACAGUGAAACUUCCUUAACUCUUCUUGGGACAGGGGAUCCUUUAUUAUCCCAUCAGAUGCGUGAGUUUUUCACAAAUAUUUUUUUGUAAAAAAUAAAUCCAGCUUGUAUUUUCUCCAAGGAUAUUUACAGAAAUCCAAAGCAUCAAUCAGAAUAGUUUCAAAAUAAUUUUCAGUGUCUAAAAUAUGGUGUAAUUAAUUCUGUUGCACUAAAUGUGGGCUAUAUCUAAGAGGCUUUCUCUUACCGUCAAUAGAUUUUGCCAUGGUAUUUCUUUAAAGAGAUGACUGUUUCUUUAUAUUUUGGGGGGAAGGACUUUAAUUUUAUUAUGAACUAUAAGAUAAAUAAGGCUUAUAAACUUUAUGUCCCUUGAAUUUAUGUCACUCUUUCAUCUUUACAUUUAAUACAAACAGCUUCCAUUGACAGUAAUAGUUGGAAGUAGUAUUAAUUAGUCUAAUAUUGACUUUGAAUUGGAAUAUUCCAUGAAAUGACGUAUAGGAAGCCCACUUUAGAAUUCUGAAGGCUUACUUUCUUACUUUGAUAGUUUUUCUUUUUUCCUCUUUUAUUAGCAUGUGGUGGGUUUAAAUUGAGAAAAGCUUUAAUAAACUAAUAAAAUUAAGUAUUUCUAAGGAUGAUCAUCUUAUACCACAAAUAGUCAGACAGUCCUCACGGUUCAGCAAAUGAUCCAUAAAGGAUAACCACCUCAAGAUUUUCAGUAUACAUAGAAAGUAAGGAUGUAGAGCCAGUUGCAUUAUUUAAAUCUUUAGGAGAGUUAAAUUUUAGUACACAUGUUGAAAUUGUAAUACCUUUUACUAGUUAAAAAAUUAAAAAUUUUAAAUGAGAGUGGUAGAUGACUAACUUUUAGAAGAGAGAGGGAAAGUAUUUGGCUCUCAAAAAUGUUAGCUUUCCUCCUAAAAAUAGCACAAGCCCACUUAUGAGUCACGAAAGCAAAUGAAAAACUUGACUUGGCAAAAGACCUAGAACAGCUGCGGAGAUGGCAAUGAACCCUCCCUCACUUUGUUUAGAAGAAUGCAGAAGAAAGGGGCCUUCCUGGUUCCCCAGGAACUUCUCAAAGAAUGAGACGACAGAACGCCCUCCCAAGUGCUCUGUGUGUAUUUCUCGGAUGAUUGGAGCUCAAGAGAAGGCAUGUCUGGUACAAGCAAAAAGUUAGAGAGGGAUGGAGGGAGCGUCUUCUCCAUCAUCUCCCUACCUUCCAAGUGACGAUAAGAAGACUGCAGCCUGUAACACUGCUUCCUUUUUUUUUCCUUCUCUGAAUACCAAAGGCAAUUCAAUUUAAGUCAGCUACAAAUGGCUUGCCAGUGUCAUGUUUUAUUUUUGCUAUAGAUUUUAAAAAUUAUUUUCUCCAAGAUCAGUCCUUAUUCUGCUUAGUCCUUCCAAGAAUAUUCUUCACUUUGUUCUGUCCUUUACAGUCCUUUGCAUUUUGUAGACCUUAUUACUCAGGUUAAAUACUCAUUGUAUUUAGAAGACCUUCUGCAAAGAGCCUAGAAAUGCUCCUGAUCAGGUGCCUCCUCAAAAGCUGACACAUUGCUUUGUGCCUUUGGCACAAAUGUGCAGAGUAGAUAGAUCAUUUGGUAUGUGAAAGAAAAAAAAAAAAGAUGUCGAACACCCCCUCUAGCUUCUGUAUUUAUUUUCUUUCAGAAUUUUAGGAUCAUACUUUUUGGUUCAAACCAGUAUAAAGUUGUUAAAACCAAGAGAAUGGGGUCCCAACCAAGAAGAAGACUCAGUGCUGAAAAAUAAGUACCCAGUCGCAGGGUUCUUACUUUCUGGUGGGUUGCACAGAUGUGCUGUUUUAUGUCUCUCUGUCUCACCUUCUUCCUGUCUUUGAGAUGUUUGUAUGUAAAAGCGAACCUGGGUAUGGAAGCGACGUGUUCUUUAUGUUGGAUAUUGACCCCUACUCUCUCUGAUGUCCCCUGGGGCAACCCAGGGCUUCCCUUGGUAGAUUUUAACCAAGCGGUUCAAAAUUUUGAUCAUUCACUUCUCAUCUCCAUUCUCCAUUGCCAAAGUCUUUGUCAGAACUACAGAUUUUUUGGUAAAAGGUUGUGCUUGCCAUUCUCAUCAUGCGGUUCCUCCUUAGGCCUGCCUGGAUUUCCUUGAAAGAGUGGGUGAGUGAGUGAGAGAGUGAAUGAACCAACACCAAGUACCUAAUGUGUGCCAAGCAAGCAUUGUGCUAGGUUCUUUCAAGUAUUAGAACACUUUGUGAUUCCUAUGGCAUUUUCUGUAUAAGUGUAGUUCAUACCAUUUUAAAUGUUUUCCAGUAUGAUUCAUGUUACAGAAUCCUUAAUUUUAUAUUUCAUUUAAAUUAAAGAAGAAAAGAAAUGGUUUAUAAUAUAUUUUAAACAAUAUGUUACUAUAUAAUACUAACAGCUAUAAUUGUAGUUAAUAACUAAUGUCUCUUGGAAAAUGUCAAAGAAAUACUUGAUUUCUGAUGCAACUUUGACUAAAAUAUCUACUUUAGAAAUAAAAACAUUCUUAUUUUGCUAUAUCACUUUAAUUACAUAAUUAAAAGUUAAUGUUUUAUAGAAAAGCUGGUUAUUUUGUAUUCCAAAAUUUUUGUCACAUAAUUCAUGGAUAAAAUUUGCAGUUGUACAUUGUUUGUGCUCUGCUAUGGGUCCUAGUAGUGGUCCCAUGCUGUUAACUAUAAAGAAAAAUAUACUAAAAUAUUUCUGUGUUCCUAAUAACAGUUCCUAGUAAUGGUAUUUUACAUUCUUAUUUUUCUUUAGGUUUCCUUACCCUCAAAUUGGCUAGCUCUUAUCUUAUCCACUCUUUUCAUACAUAUAUACAUUAGUAUAAUUGUACACAGACUUUUAAUACUGUGUUUGUUAAUUAACAAACUCAGUUGUUAACUGUUUUGGCUGCGCAAAUUCUAAGCAGAAUAUUUGAGUAGCCAAAUAUGAUCUGGAGAUAUUUAAAUGCACUUAUUCUGGUCCAAAAACAUUGGUGAAGAUGAUUUUCUGUUCCUUUAGCUCAUUCAGAUCAUGUUCUUUGUGUUCUAUAAUGGAUCAGCAAGCUUUACUCUAAAGGGCCAGAAAAUAGAUAUUUUAGGCUUUGUGAGCCGUACUGUCUCUAUCUGUACUACUCAGCUCUGCUGUUGAAACAUAAAAGCAGGUGUGACAGUAUAUGGGGGGGUGGGAGCUUGGCUGUAUUCCAGUAAACCUUUAUUUACAAAAACAUGGAGGGCUGGAUAUGACCCAUGGAUCAUAGUUGUCGACCUUUGGUCCCGAUUUUAACUUGUAUGAGACCCUGUAAACUUUGAUAGGCAUCUUUUAUCUGUGUUUUGAGUACCUAAUUCAUUUUUAAAGCAAAAGAUGUGUGUUAAGUAUGAUUGUAUGUAUUUGUGUAACCUAAAGCUAUAUAUUUUGUUAUCUUGAAAAUAGAUGUAUUCUAUUGGA